CCCCCACUCCAGAGCGGAAAACAGGCGUAUGGCACAAAGGGGUGUGCACGGAAACGACAAUAUGAUGCAGAGCUGUGAGACAAAGGGUCUCUUUUAGCGUAUUUUAGCGAUUUAUUGAGAUUAAGUAUUUUGAGUUUUGAGAUCAGAUGAAUUGUGCACCUAGUGUAAUUCGUAUAGUGCUAUUUAUCUUGUGAAACAGACUGGAGCGAUAAAGAUAAACUCUUUCAGGGAUGUUUUUGUGUGUGACUCUCCUGACUGUCCUAUACAACUUUAUGGAAUCUCAAUCAGAGCCACUACACGUGGUUGGUCCAGAAGCUCCUCUUGUUGCAGCAGCUGGUGAAGAUCUGGUUCUGCCCUGUUUCAUUAAACCCAACACCAGUGCUGUGGACAUGACAGUGGAGUGGUUGAGACUAGAGGAAGAGGCUUCAUCAGUGCAUCUCUAUAGGGACCAUGAAGAUAAAAAUGAAGAUCAGGCUCAGUCCUACAGAGGAAGAACAUCACUGUUUAAAGAGGAGCUACAGAAAGGCAACGCUUCACUCAAACUCUCAGCUCUCCAAGUCUCUGAUGAAGGAGAAUAUAAGUGUCUCAUUGAGAACAAAUCCUGGUAUGAUGACAUCACUGUUCAUGUUAUUGUUGAGGUUCUAGGAAGCCGCCCAGUGAUCAGGAUGGAGAGUUAUGAUAACUCAGGAGGGAUUAAUCUAGUGUGUGAGUCCAGAGGCUGGAAACCUGAACCUGAGGUUCUGUGGCUGGACAGAGAAGGAGUCACUCUGCCUGCUGAAGAUACACAGAUACACAGAGACACUGAGGGCUUCAGUGUGAAAAGAUGCAUCACUGUUUAUGACUCCAACAGGUUUUACUGCAGACUUCAACAAAAACAUCACAUGGUGGAGGCAGAUAUUACCAUUAAUAGUGAAGUCUUUGGUGUUUGUAAGAGGCCUGUCUGCAUUGCAGUUUCAGCAUGUCUUGCUGGAUUGCUAGUAACAUGUCUUUUUGGACUGAUACUAACUGCUUUUGGUUACAAGAAAGAACUUCAAAAACACAAGCAAAGUGCAGCCUCAGAGUUUCAAAUGCAGAAGCAAAGAGCAGAGCUUCUAAUGAAGAAGUUGUUUGCAGUGGAUGUGACUCUGGAUCCUGAUACAGCUCAUCCUCAACUCACUGUGUCUGCUGAUGGAAAAGAAGUGACACAUGGAGACACACAACAGGAUCUCCCUGAUACACCACAGAGAUUUAAUUUUCUCUGUGUUCUGGGACAGCAGAGUUUCUCCUCAGGGAGAUUUUAUUUUGAGGUGCAGGUCAGAGGGAAAACUGCAUGGACAUUAGGAGUUGUAAGAGAGAACAUUAACAGGAAGGACAGGAUUCCACGGAGUCCUCAGACUGGAUUCUGGACUGUGGGACUAAGGAAUGAGAAUGAGUAUAAGGCUUAUGCUGGUCCUGAUGUCCCCCUCACACUGAGAGAGAAGGUGGAGAAGGUGGGGGUGUUUGUGGAUUAUGAGGAGGGUCUGGUCUCCUUUUAUGAUGUGAAGUCCAGCUCUCAUAUCUAUUCUUUCACUGGUCAGUCUUUCACUGAGAAAUUUUAUCCAUACUUUAGUCCUUGGUAUAGUGAAAAUGGUAAUUCAGCACCACUGAUCAUCUCUGCUGUUACUGAAUAAAUAUCUGAUUUAUAUUUGUUAA